CCAGCCCGGCGCCGCCUCCUGAGGUGCCGGGCGGAACGGGCGGGAAGCGGCUCCUCCCCUGCGCGAACCGGCGGUGACGUCACGCACGGCAAUUCUAGACCGUUCCAGCGCCGUGACGUAGGGCGGCGUCAUUCCAGAAGAUUCGGCCGGUGCCCGUAUAAAACCCGCGGAAGAGGCGGGGCGGCCGCGAUCGUGAGCGGGCGGCAGGAGCGGGGCGGCCGCGGCGGGCACCAUGGUGAAGGAGACGGGGUACUACGACAUCCUGCAGGUGAAGCCUAAUGCUUCCUCCGAGGAGAUCAAGCGCGCCUACCGCAAGCUGGCGCUGAAGUACCACCCCGACAAGAACCCCAGCGAGGGCGAGCGGUUUAAACUCAUAUCCCAGGCAUAUGAAGUUCUGUCGGACCCAAAGAAAAGGGACCUCUAUGACCAGGGUGGGGAGCAGGCUAUUAAAGAAGGAGGCCUGAGUGGCGGCAGCUUCUCUUCACCCAUGGACAUCUUUGACAUGUUCUUUGGUGGUGGAGGCCGAAUGAAUAGAGAGAGAAGAGGCAAAAAUGUUGUGCACCAGUUAGGUGUAUCUCUUGAAGACUUAUACAAUGGUAUUACAAGGAAACUGGCGCUGCAAAAGAACGUUAUUUGUGCAAAGUGUGAAGGUUAUGGCGGAAAGAAAGGGGCAGUAGAAAAGUGCCCUGUGUGUAAAGGAAGAGGAAUGCAAGUUCUAGUUCAGCAGAUUGGACCUGGCAUGGUGCAACAAAUCCAAACCGUGUGUCCAGAAUGCAAAGGCCAAGGUGAAAGGAUAAACCCGAAGGACAGAUGUGACAACUGCAAUGGCUGUAAGGUUGUGAGGGAGAAAAAGAUCAUAGAAGUUCAUGUUGAUAAAGGUAUGAAAGAUGGUCAGAAGAUAGUAUUUCAUGGAGAAGGGGACCAGGAGCCUGAUCUGGAGCCUGGUGAUGUUAUCAUUGUGCUUGAUCAAAAGGAUCACAGCGUCUUUCAGAGACGAGGGCAUGACUUAAUUACCAAAAUGAGAAUCCAGCUCUCGGAGGCUUUAUGUGGUUUCAGAAAGACCAUUGAAACUCUGGAUAACAGAGUUCUUGUCAUAUCAUCUAGGCCAGGUGAAGUGAUAAAACAUGGUGACCUAAAGUGUAUCCACAAUGAAGGGAUGCCUAUCUACAAAUCUCCAAUGGACAAAGGCAGCUUAAUAAUACAAUUUUUGGUCCAAUUCCCAGAGCACUUCUGGCUCCCAAGGGAGAAACUGUGUCUGCUGGAGGCUCUGCUCCCUCCACGAGAAGAUGUUAUGAUAACAGAUGAGAUGGAUCAGGUAGACCUUGAAGAUUUUGAUCCAAAUGAGCAAACCUACCGUAACAGUGGGGGAGAAGCAUAUGAAGAAGAUGAAGAGGGCCCAAGAACAGGAGUACAAUGUCAGACAUCUUAAAGCAAGGUGAAAUGGAUGUCAUCUAAAAUGUAAAUUUUCACAAUGAAAACUGCAUGGCUGUAAUAGCCACUGCUUGUGGUUUUUGUGUUCAGCAAAUUGAGUUGCUGCGCUGUCAGUAUCACCUUUUUGUAACUAAUUUAUAUUGUGUUCUUCUAGUCUUUUAAGCAAUUGUCACACAGCUGAGAACCAGUGGAGUUGGUAUACAUCUUCCUUUGCUGUGAAGGUUCUCAAUGUAUUUCACCUAUGCUAUUUAUAUAGGACUUUGGCAAUACAGAUAGAGGCUAAGUGGAGUGUCUUAUGUAAAUACUUUCAUACUGGAAAAUAAAUUUCAUAGGAUAAAACAUAGCAGAAAUAACUUCUAAUAAAUGGAACUCUUCACAUUUUAUCAUGCUUCUCUUGUACUUUCUAAGCUACUCUGGAACCUCCUCUAUUUAAAUAAAGCUCUCUAAGGUCAGACUCGUA